CAUACUUAGCUACACAAUAUGCGUCGGUUCGGUCCUUCUUCAUCGGUGAGAAUCCAACAGCAUUCAAGAUUCCCAAUUCCAAAACCCCAAUACUUGGUUUGUUCAAAUACUUAGAUGAUGGUCUUAGAUCACUCAACAUGGUACCCAUCAUCCAAAGAGAUUCUAAAAUUCAAUCUAGUACUAAAUUUAACCUCUUCUUCACCUUCAAUAAUUAAUGCAGAAGAGGUUAAAUUAAAUCAAAAUGCUAUAAGCUAAUUAGAUUAGAUAAGUCUUUUACCAAAUACGUUCAUGUUUAUAGCCCAAUAAAUUAUAAGCUAGCUUAUUUGACUUACCAAACACACACAUAAUCUUCGUCCUUUGCAUUGCUCACACUAAAAAAAUACUACCCGAAGAUAUCUUCUGAUACUAUGGAAAGAUAUCUCCGGUAAUAUUUGUACUACAAUUUUGUGUAUGCCAAAUAAUUUUUUUAUUUGGGGUUGUGGAUGUAUUUUCAUCUCCCAAAGAUUAAGUUAUAAUCAAUUCUAGUUCUAGAACCAAAGUUGAAAAUCAAUUUUACAUACGUGGAAUCAAUCUUGUCUCUCCGGAAGUGAUAAAUCACAAGCAGCUAUUCUUAUCAAGCCAUUUCCUCAGAAUUGUCACACUACUUCAAGGAUGCAGUGUUACUUAUUCAUUGAUUCAAUCCAGGUUCAGACACAAAAGCAUGUAUAUUUUUUUGAAGUAUUUGGAUUUUGGAGAGGUUCAACUAUUUAAGUUCGCUGAAUAACCUAAAUCCCUGUGUUUUCACUUGGUGAGAGCUCACGACGAGACAAGAGGCUGUGGUUGCACGUGUGAUUAGUGGACAAGUGAUGUAUCUAGUAUAGACCAGAUAUAUUCGUUAUUCAAUAAACCUUAGAAGUGAUUUUUUUUUUUUCAUAUAAUAAGGAACAGAGGGAGGGAGUAGUAUAACUUUUUUCAAAAUAAUAAAAAUGCUACCGACUUUUUAAGUAAUUUUGCUCCUUACAUUGCACGGGUUUAUAUACUAGUUCAGUUAUAUGUAGUUAUCUGUUUUCUGGUAACAACCUACUAGUUAUUGAUUCUGGACUUUACACUGUUGUAUACCACUACAGUACAUGGAAAAUUCUAGGUUCUUAAUCUUAACACAUUUAGCAUAGGGAAUUGAUGAAUUUGAAAUGUAUGUUUACGGCCACUCAAUAUCAUGUCAUGGCAUUCUUUGAUGACCUUGUUACCCCAAUCUCACCAAAUCCUGGUAUUAAAUCAGGACCAUAUAUCAUUAAGAAGAAGACAAAUUAGUUAAUCAUCCAACCAAAUUAUGACCUCACACUUAUUUUUCCUACCCUUUUUGGUGCAUGUUAUACACUUGUACUACUAGUCCAUAUUAUUGUUAAUUUUUUACAUGGUUAGAAAAAAAACCAUCCAUUUAAACCAGUAAUGCAGAAUGCCAAGCAAGCAUGAGUUAUCAUCCACAUGUCAAGUGAUGAUAGGUUAGUUCUUAGUAGCCUCAAAUGAGACAUCACUUCAAAAUCAUAAAUAGUUAAAUACAGAGAAUGCAUUGCAUAAGUUGUGUGGUAAAGAGACUCAUUCAUUGUAGUGAGGGAUAAGAUUGCAGUUCUUGUUAGACAGUGAACAAUGGCUUCUGCAUCAGCAUCUCUUUUCAAAUCAUCACUUGUUCUUGACAAGUCUGAAUGGGUGAAGGGACAAACCCUCCGUCAACCUAUGUCCGUUGUGAGAUGCAGCCCCGCCGCUCCAUCAAGUCUCACCAUCAGAGCUGGUGCUUAUACUGACGAGCUCGUCAAGACCGCGAAAACAAUUGCUUCACCAGGGCGUGGUAUUUUGGCCAUGGAUGAGUCCAAUGCUACAUGUGGGAAGCGUUUGGCUUCAAUUGGGCUAGAGAACACCGAAGUUAACCGUCAAGCAUGGCGUACCCUUUUGGUGACAGUUCCAUCACUUGGAGAGUACAUCUCUGGUGCCAUUCUAUUUGAGGAAACUCUCUACCAAUCCACAGUUGAUGGAAGGAAGAUUGUCGAUGUGCUUGUUGAGCAAAACAUUGUUCCUGGUAUUAAAGUCGACAAGGGUCUGGUGCCUCUUGCUGGUUCCAAUGAUGAGUCAUGGUGCCAAGGUCUAGACGGCCUUGCCUCUCGUUCAGCUGCAUACUACCAACAAGGUGCUCGUUUCGCAAAAUGGCGUACUGUUGUGAGCAUCCCCAAUGGUCCCUCUGCUUUGGCUGUCAAGGAAGCAGCCUGGGGUUUGGCUCGCUAUGCUGCAAUUAGUCAGGACAACGGGUUGGUCCCAAUUGUGGAACCGGAGAUCUUGCUUGAUGGAGAACAUAACAUUGACAGGACCUUUGAAGUAGCCCAAAAGGUUUGGGCUGAGGUUUUCUACUACCUUGCUGAGAACAAUGUCCAAUUUGAGGGUAUUCUCCUCAAGCCUAGCAUGGUUACUCCCGGAGCCGAGUCCAAGGACAGGGCCUCUCCUGCAACAGUUGCCGACUAUACCCUCAAACUCCUUCAAAGGAGAAUUCCCCCAGCUGUCCCUGGAAUCAUGUUUUUGUCUGGUGGACAAUCUGAGGUUGAAGCAACCCUCAACUUGAAUGAAAUGAACAAAUCACCAAACCCAUGGCACGUGUCGUUUUCAUACGCAAGAGCUCUCCAAAAUACUGCAUUGAAGACAUGGGGAGGCCGCAUAGAGAAUGUGAAGGCAGCACAAGAAGCACUCCUUCACCGCGCCAAGUCCAACUCACUUGCUCAACUUGGGAAGUACGCCGGUGAUGGUGAAUCUGAGGAAGCCAAGAAGGAACUAUUUGUCAAAGGCUACGUUUACUAAAAUGUUGGUAGUGAAUAUUAUGAUAAAUGUUAUGUUAGUCAGCAGCACCAAAAUUUAAUGAUGGUGAAUGAAUGGAAAUGGAAGACUAGUUUGUCAAAAAUGUGUAAUGUUUUAUAGUCUUGGAGACUAUUUUUGUUUGUCUUUACAUGCAACUUUACAACUUAAUAAUAUCUCUUGGUAUGAGUAGUUGUCCUGUA